CAUCUGCAGGGGGGAGUGGGGGGGGGGGGGCGAGCGGGGAGCUACAAGGCCUGGCUGGGGAAUGGGUGCUCACAGCCCUGAUGUCCCCAGGACGUGGGUAAGCAUGGAAGCCACAGGGAGCUGCAAGGAGAGCGGAGGCUCAAGGCCCCCUUUCUGUUGCCAGAGACCCUCUCUCUACCACCCACACCUGCGCCGGACCCGCCCUGUCCCCUCACCUCCAUCCCUGCCGCCUUGCUGACUAAUCACCCUGCCACCUCGCCCGCUGUGACCCUGGCUCUGCGAGAUAGGGACUGCCCCCAAGAGGAGAUGGUCCCACCAUCUGCAUGCCCCCUGUCUUGCCCCAGCUGUCGCCUCACCAUGCGCUGUCGCUCAAGGGCUUGGUGAGGCCAUUUCCUGUGACGGUUGCAGAGGCGGGAGGCGGGGGAUGGGCAGGAGGAGGAAGGAAACACCCCCAGCCUACCUCCCUGGACAGAGACCCCAGAAGCCAGAAACGGACUUAGGAGUGGAACAUCAGCAGUUAGGAGAGGACCCUGCCGGGGUCCCGGAGCUGGCCUGCCUGGCUGCCCACCCACCUCCAGCACUGCUGCAGCCGCCAUCCCCUGUUGAGGAGAAGGCCCACUGGUUAGCUCCGAGAUGGCUUCUGCACGCGUUCUCCCUUCCGUCCUAGAGAACACAUGUCUUCCAUUUCCUCCCUUGCCCUCUCCACUUGGACCCGCGCAGAGCCCUGUGUGGCCUCUCUCGUCUCUCUCUUCCUCCUUUUGGCUUCUUUCCUAUCUUCAUCCACAAUCUCUACCCUUCGUCUUGCCGUUACUCUAACCCGAGACGGCCUUCUGCCCUGGGUCCCACCAAAGAGAUCCCGUCCUUCCUGUAGUGAACAUGAGGCUACCUCUUGGGGAACAGGAGGCGCCCCAGUGAAAACGGGGCGCAAAGCCGGCCUGGGCGUGGGAGCCUCCUUCUGGCCAAUCAGUCAGGCCAGGGAACAGCAGCGGAGGGCCCUGUCUUUCAGGCAGACCUCAUGGCUGAGUGAGCCUCCCCUGGGCCCAGCACCCCACCCCAGCAUGGUCCAGGCCCGUGGAGGGAGCUCCACAGCACAGCCGCCGACCGUUUCUUUGGGGGCAGCCAUGACCCAGCCUCCGCCUGCCAAAACGCCAGCCAAGAAGCAUGUGCGGCUGCAGGAGAGGCGGGGCUCCAAUGUGGCUCUGAUGCUGGAUGUCCGGUCCCUGGGAGCUGUAGAACCCAUCUGCUCCGUGAACACUCCCCGGGAGGUCACUCUGCACUUCCUGCGCACUGCUGGACACCCCCUUACCCGCUGGGCCCUUCAGUGCCAGCCACCCAGCCCCAAGCAGCUGGAAGAAGAAUUCUUGAUCCCUUCAAACUUUGUCAGCCCCGAAGACCUGGACAUCCCUGGCCAUGCCUCCAAGGACCGAUACAAGACCAUCUUGCCAAAUCCCCAGAGCCGUGUCUGUCUAGGCCGGGCACAGAGCCAGGAGGACGGAGACUACAUCAAUGCCAACUACAUCCGAGGCUAUGACGGGAAGGAGAAGGUCUACAUUGCCACCCAGGGCCCCAUGCCCAACACUGUGUCGGACUUCUGGGAGAUGGUGUGGCAAGAGGAAGUGUCUCUCAUUGUCAUGCUCACUCAGCUCCGAGAGGGCAAGGAGAAAUGUGUCCACUACUGGCCCACAGAAGAGGAAGCCUAUGGACCCUUCCAGAUCCGCAUCCAGGACAUGAAAGAGUGCCCAGAAUACACUGUGCGGCAGCUCACCAUCCAGUACCAGGAAGAGUGCCGGUCAGUAAAGCACAUCCUCUUCUCGGCCUGGCCCGACCAUCAGACACCAGAAUCAGCUGGGCCCCUGCUGCGCCUAGUGGCAGAGGUGGAGGAGAGCCCCGAGGCAGCCGCCCGCCCAGGGCCCAUCGUGGUCCACUGCAGUGCAGGGAUUGGCCGGACGGGCUGCUUCAUCGCCACAAGAAUUGGCUGCCAACAGCUGAAGGCCCGAGGGGAAGUGGACAUUCUGGGCAUUGUGUGCCAACUGCGGCUAGACAGAGGGGGGAUGAUCCAGACGGCAGAGCAGUACCAGUUCCUGCAUCACACUCUGGCCCUGUAUGCAGGCCAGCUGCCCGAGGAAGCCAGCCCCUGACCCCUGCCACCCUCUAACGGCCCAGGUGCCCGUCUCCCUCAAGCCUGGGAAGGUGGGUCUGGGGAAAGUGGGCCGAGUGACCUGGGAGUACCCUAUGGGUGAGUAUGGGAAAGGAGUGCCUCCUUAGCGGUGCUUGCAGUCACAGGAAGCAGCAUCAGCAAGGACAAGGGGCCAGAUUCCAGGUCUUCACCACUGGCCACUCCUCUGCUUCCUCUGUUGGCCCCAGAUGGACAGUAGGGGAACCUCCAAUGUCUCUCUGAACUUAAAGACAGGAAGCCCAGGUGUCCUGGUCUUCCCUACGACACUCUUUGUGAGCUUUAGUUUCCUCUUCUAUAACAUGAACAUUAAGUGCUUAGCUGCCAUAAGGGAAAAGCAAUAAGAGAAGUUUCUAGAAGCCAUUGCAGCUGUAUCCCCUUCCUGGGGCUGACAAAAGGGUGAUUCCAAGAUCAUCCACCGAGGCCCUGCCCAAGCACAGGUCAGAUGCAAGAGUGGGGAAAAGUCUGGUCCUGAUCUCCAAGUUUCAACAUCCUAGCAGAGACUCUGCUCCCUGACCACACAUCAGAAGGGCUGGAGACCCACGAUCAAAAGAAAGAACAAGACUGAGAUUACCCUUGCCUCCAUCCAUGUGUCUGAGAGUAGGCUACAGAGGUGACCAGGUGGCAGCUGAAAUCUGGAAGAGGGGACAUUCGAGGCUACUCGGAGGCAAAGAGGGCUGCUCCUGCCUCUGUGGUUGCUGGCCACUCCCACCAACGACUCUUAGGGAGGCUCUCAGCAGUCUCUGUUCUGCUUCUAUGGCUCAGAUAAUGCCCUGGGUACGCAGGAAGACAAAAGAAAGAGGGGGCUGGGCGCGGUGGCUCAUGCCUUUAAUCCCAGCACUUUGGGAGGCCAAGGCGGGCGGAUCACCUGAGGUCAGGUGAUUACAAAAAAUUAGCCGG